AUGCCUAGCUUGUGGUCGAAUCAGGAUUCAGAGUGGCUCAAUCACAUCCAGCAGAUUUUCCCUGGUGAUUUGGAACUUGCCAUGUGUGCUGAGCCUUUCCCUCAGCAAAAUCAAGGCCUCAGCUCGUCCAACUUUCAAUUGAAAUGGGAGUACAUACAGAAUCUCUGGGUGUUACUUGCUGUAUGGCCAGGAUGCCCCUCAGACUUGGCAGAGCCAAUUAUGCCAUUAGCAUCAUCAUUGCAUGUCUGGGCAAUGGAAAAGAAGUUGGCUAUAUUUUAUGUACAGCCAUUCUUUGAUAAUUUUGGUUGUCCACCCCUUCUUCCCUGCCUUAUUCCAACUGCACCACAUGGUUACAGUUCAAAUAGUCAGUAA